AUGGCAACCGGGCUUAAAGUUCUCAACCUUAGGGGUUGUAAAUCUUUGAGAAGAACUCCUGAAUUGUCUCCUUACAAAAGCUUGGAGAUUUUGACUCUUGAAGAUUGUUGGGCUUUGGAAGAGAUUCAUCCUUCUAUCGGGGACAUCAAGACCCUUGUCUCAUUGAAUGUUAGGAGAUGUUUGAGACUAAAGGAGCUACCGAUAGGAGUAGGUAGAAUGGAAGAAUUGAGGGAGCUUAUUUUAAAUCAUACCGUUAUACAAGAGAUUCCUAUUUUGAGAGGUGGUUUGAUGAAGUUGGAGACUCUUUGUGCCUCGUUUUGUGAAGAACUUGCUCAACUUCCAAAAUUUAUGGGCUUCCUUGUGUCCUUAAUAGAAUUAGACUUAUCUUAUUCAGGGAUUGACAAAUUACCAGAAUCCAUUAGUUCUAUGGAGUUUGAGACUCUUGAUGCCUCCAAUUAUGCAUGGUUAGCCCGCAUUCCCGACUCCAUAGGUCAUCUAACAUCUAUGUCUCUCCUUGACCUAAGGAAAUGUGAUCAACUUACUCAACUUCCAGACUCCAUAGGCUCCCUCUUGUCUCUGCAACGCUUGUUAUUACGGGGAUGCCACUUGUUGAGAAAGAUUCCUAAUUCGAUCGGAAAUCUGACAUCAUUGACUGAACUGCAUUUACAAAGGACAACAGUUGCAGAAUUACCUGAGAGCAUUGGGAAUUUGCUGAAUUUGAGGAUCUUGGACAUUCGAGAGACUCACAUAACAAAAUUGCCUGGUGCUAUUGGAAUGUUGGUGAAACUCCAAGAGUUGAGUGCUUCUGGAUGCAAAACUCUUGAAGGACUACCGAGUAGCAUAGGUGAACUGGUUUUGCUAAAUAAUCUUGAUUUAGGCAAGUCAGGCAUUUUGGGUUUGCCAGAAAGCAUUUCUAAGCUCUUCUCUCUCCGAAACCUCAGCGUUCAAUAUUGUGAAAAGCUUCUAGAACUACCAGAAUUGCCCUCUGGCUUAACAUCUCUAGAUAUCACUUGCCAGAGUUCGUCACUUCCACAUCUUUCCCAACUUAACCUUCUCAAGAAACUCAUUCUUUUUGAUUGCCGUUGGCUCGAAUGUCUCCCAGAGCUUCCUGUUGGACUAGCCAUGCUUUCUAUCACACGUUGUGGAAAAUUGAAAGCGUUGACAAAUUUGUCAAACUUGAAGCAGUUAUUUGAAUUGAUUCUCGACGAGUGCUUUGAGCUAACAGAAGUCACGGGCUUAGAAGGUUUACAACCUUUAUCCAACUUACAUGUACGACAAUGCCCUAAGAUAUCUAGGCUUGAUGGGUUCGAAUCGUUUGAGUCCUUGAGUGGCUUACAGAUGGAUGAGGUGUUCCCAGAUUCUUCGAAGUUAACGAGCUUGAAGGCAUCUCAGUUUGAAGGAUCCGUGGAUCUUUCAAGUUCAGAGAUUCUGCUGGAAACAAAAGUUGCAAGUUCCGUGGAUCAAGUUGAAAUUCAGGGCCUCGAUGGAUCAGUAUCUCCACAAAUGUUGGAUUUCUCUGAGUGCACGUCCGCUGGACAAUCCCUAGACCUUUCGAGUUUGAAAUAUCUGAGGAUACUAGUUGUUACAAAUUGCAAGAAUCUAACUGAAAUUCGAGGCCUUGAUGAAUUAGAAUCCUUGCAAGUUUUGGAUAUAUCUGGGUGCACAUCUCUUAGACAAUCAAUGGACCUGUCGAAUUUAAAGAAUCUGGAGAGUUUCUCAGCUGAAAACUGCAAAAAUAUAGUUGAAAUUCGAGGCUUUGAUGGAUUGAGAUCCUUGAUAGAUUUGAAUGUUUUUGGGUGCACGUCCCUUAGACAAUCACCGGACCUGUCAAUUUUUGUAGGAAUUAAAAAGUUUUGA